AUGUUGAAGCUUUCGCUUCUCCAUCAUAGAACAUCAGCUCCCAUCUUCAAGCUCCACUUUUUCACCUUUAGAUUGUUAUCUCAAUCUCCUUCUCCGUCAAAUUCAGCAUCUUCGUUGCCCUCUUUCUCGUCUUCUUCUUCUUCGAGUCUAGCAGAAUCACUACUGAAAUGCAGAUCCGCGGAAGAAGCGCUCAGGCUGUUCGAUACAUCUUCGAGACUCGAGAUCUCCAAGACAAACGAUCUCAGUCAUUUCUCGGCUGUGAUUCACGUUUUAACCGGAGCCCACAAGUAUACGCUCGCCAGGUGUUUGAUAAAAAGCCUCAUAGAACGUCUCAGGCGCCGCAACAAGCCGGCCAACAUAUCUUACAGACUUUUCAACGCUCUCGGCGAUAUUCAGACUCCGAAAUUCAGUAUCGGAGUGUUUAGUCUAUUGAUUAUGGAGCUUCUGGAGAUGGGUUUGUUUGAAGAGGCUCUCUGGGUGAGCCGAGAGAUGAGAUGUUCGCCGGAUUCGAAAGCUUGUCUUGCGAUUUUGAAUGGUUUGGUUAAAAAGAGAAGAUUUGAAUCAGUCUGGGCUGAUUACCAGCUUAUGAUCUCUCGUGGGUUAGUCCCUGAUGUCCACAUUUACUCAGUUUUGUUUCAAUGCUGUUUCAAACAAGGUCUUUCCUCCAAGAGAGAGAAACUUCUUGGCGAAAUGACAUCUACAGGGAUCAAGCCGAAUGUUUAUAUCUACACCAUAUACAUCCGUGAUCUGUGUAGGGAACAUAAGAUUGAGGAAGCAGAGAAAAUGUUUGAGUCGAUGAAGAAAUACGGUGUGAUUCCAAACUUGUAUACUUACAGUGCAAUGAUUGAUGGUUACUGCAAGACUGGUGACGUGAGACAAGCGUACAGGUUGUAUAAGGAGAUUCUGGUUGCUGAAUUGCUGCCAAAUGUUGUUAUUUACGGCUCGUUGGUUCAUGGUUUUAGCAAAGCUCACGAGUUGGUUGCUGCGAGGAGCCUCUUUGUGCAUUUGGUGAAGUUUGGGGUUGAUCCUAAUUUACAUGUUUAUAACUGUUUGAUUCAUGGACAGUGCGAAUCAGGGAACAUAUUGGAAGCGAUGAGGCUGUGUUCUGAGAUGGAAAGUUUGAAUCUUUCGCCUGAUGUGUUCACUUAUACAAUACUUAUCAAUGGGCUGUGUAGUGAAGAUCAGCUAGCAGAAGCAAAUCGAUUGUUUCAGAAGAUGAAGAAGGAGAGAGUUUUUCCGAGCUCUGCGACUUACAAUUCGUUGAUUCAUGGGUAUUGUAAAGAUUACCACAUGGAGAAAGCUCUGGAUUUGUGCUCAGAGAUGACAUCAAGUGGAGUAGAACCCAACAUUAUAACGUUUUCGACUUUGAUUGAUGGUUACUGCAAAGUGGGAAACUUAAAAGCUGCAAUGGGUUUGUACUCCGAGAUGACCAUCAAAGGUAUAGUUCCGGAUGUUGUGACUUACACAGCUUUGAUCGAUGCGCAUUUCAAGGAGGGCAACAUGAAAGAAGCACUCAGGCUGUACAGUGAAAUACUAGAGGCUGGAAUCCAACCCAGUGGUCACACGCUCGCUUGCCUAGUAGAUGGAUUCUGGAAAGAAGGUCGAAUCUCGGACGCUGUCGAUUUUCAUUUGGAAAACAGAGAAAAUGCGACUAGGGAAUCCAUUGCUCAAAUGGGAUGCUGGAACCAUGUGGGUUUUACAUGCUUGAUUCAAGGGUUAUGUGAGAACGGCUACAUUCUUAGAGCUACCAGGUUCUUCUCGGACAUGAGAUCCGGCGGGAUAGCCCCGGACUUAUGGAGUUACGUUUCGAUGCUAAAGGGCCAUCUUCAAGAAAAGCGUAUUACUGACACAAUGAUGUUGCACUGUGACAUGAUCAAAACUGGAAUCUUGCCAAAUCUUGUGGUGAAUCAUUUGCUAGCAAGGCUUUACCAAGAGAAUGGAUAUCUAAGAUCAGCUUGUUUCUUGACCAAUUCAAGUCAUUUGGGAACGUUAAGCUAA